AUGGCGGAACAGAGUACGUCUGCGAAAUGCGCUUCGUUCUCGCCGAGGAAACCAAGAAAUCCCGCCUUCUACCAGCAAGACGAGGAAAAGACCCGGGCGCUGAAGCCAGGAGGUCAAAAUCAAGACUUUAAGGCCGAACUCAAGAAUUAUGACAUCUCCGAGGCCGAGACGGAAUCUGCAUCUCGAAUACCGUUGGAUCCCGUUGGCAGCAGCAGCACUAGCGACGGUGUCUUUGGAUCUAAGUUUUUCACUUGA